CAGGAAAUCAGCGCAGUGAAGUUUCGUUUCUUGUGAAAUCGUCAGUCUCUGUGUCUCACUGCAGCAAGAUGGCUUCAAACUUGUGGUCAGAGGAUCAGUUUAGCUGUUCAGUGUGUCUGGAGAUAUUGAAGGACCCAGUCACUAUUCCAUGUGGACACAGUUACUGUUUGGGGUGUAUUAAGAACUACUGGGAUCAGACUGAUCAUACAGGUGUCUACAGCUGCCCCCAGUGCAGAGAGACCUUUACCCCAAGGCCUGUUCUCUGCAGAAACACCAUGCUGGCUGAAAUUGUGGAGGUAUUAAAGAAGACAGGACUCAAUCCUCCUCCUGCUCAAAGUUAUGCUGGACUUGGAGAUGUGCCGUGUGAUUUCUGCACUGGGAGAAAGUUCAAAGCUGUGAAAUCCUGUUUGACAUGCCUGGCCUCUUACUGUGAAACACACGUCAAGCCACACUAUGAGGGGGCUGCUUUCAAGAGGCACAAGCUGAUCAAUGCAAUUGGAAAUCUGGAGAAGAAGCUUUGUGCUGAACACCAGAAGGUUUUGGAGGUCUUCUGUAGAACCGAUCAGACGUGUAUUUGUGUGUUGUGUAUUGUCAAGGAACACAAGAGCCAUGAUACAGUCUCAGCAGAGGCAGAAAGGAGUGUGAAACAGAAGCAGCUGGGAGAGACACAGACAGAAAUACAACAGAGAAUCCAGGAGAGACUGAAAGACGUGGAGGAGCUGAAACAGGCUGUGGAGUCACUGAAAAGAUCUGCAUGCAUAGAAAUAAAGGAAAGUGAGAAGAUCUUUACUGAGCUGAUCCAAUCCAUUGAGAAGAUCCACACUGAGGUUAUUGAGCUGAUUGGAGCUAACGAGAAGGCUGCAGUGAAUCAGGCUGAAAGACGCAUGAAGAAACUGGAGCAGGAGAUUGCUGAGCUAAGGAGGAGAAACGCUGAGCUGAAACAGCUUUCAGAGACAGAGGAUCACAUCCAUUUUCUAAAGAAUUUCCAGUCUCUCUGUGCCCCUCCUGAAGCUGGAGACUUACCCAGCGUUACUGUCAAUACAGACAUCUUUUUUGGGGCUGUGAGGAAAGCUGUAUCUGAACUUAAAGACCAUAUUGAGGACUUCUGCAAGGGGGAAUUAGUCAAAAUAACCACAACAGUGAAUGAAGUUGCAGUUUACAGUCUGCAGGCUCCAGAGCCAAGGAACAGAGCUGAGUUUUUAAAAUUGAAUGAAGUUGCAGUUUACAGUCUGCAGGCUCCAGAGCCAAGGAACAGAGCUGAGUUUUUAAAAUAUUCCUGUCAGCUCACACUGGACCCCAACACAGCGAAUAGAAACCUCUAUCUGUCUGAAGGGAACAGAAAGGUGACAUGGAGGGGAGAGACCCAGAGAUAUCCCGAUCACUCAGAGAGAUUUGACAGCCGGUCCCAAGUGCUUUGCAGAGAGGGUUUGUCUGGGACUCGCUGUUACUGGGAGAUUGAGUGCAGUGGGGGAUGGGCUUCUAUAGGAGUCACAUAUAAAGGAAUCAGCAGGAAAGGAGUGGAUCGUUCCUGUAUCCUUGGAUUCAAUGACAAGUCCUGGAGUUUGUUCUGCUCUGGUUCCAGUUACACUGCCCGGCACAAUAACAAUCAAACUGCAAUAACUGCCCUCCGCUCCCCCAGAAUAGGAGUGUAUCUGGACUUUAAUGACGGCACGCUGUCCUUUUAUGGCGUCUCUGACACAAUGACCCUCCUGCACAGAUUCCAAACCACAUUCACUGAGCCGCUCUAUCCUGGGUUUGGGCUUCGUUCUGGUUCCCCUGUAACAAUCUGCCAGCUGAACUAGACUGUUUUGUGUUGUAAGAAACCCUUUGUAUUGAACUCCCUGUCUGUCCUCUCCACUCCUCGGGUGAAGGGAAUGUUCAAUCUGACACAACUUUGGAUGAAAGUUAGGGGGUAAAACGGCGCCACCUGCAGAGCGAAACGAGGGGAAUUAUUUGUUUUUAGCAACGAAUGGAUUUCAUACGAAGUAACUGUAUUUAAUUUAUUUUUUUAAGAAUUGAUAUGUUUUAUAUAUAUUUUAGAAAGUGGCAUCCAAUAGUCAGUGCUGUAACAGUUUUUAAAAAAGUGAACUUAAGUUUGCUUUAUUGUGUGUGUGUGUUUUUGUUCUUUGAUUUCCAUAAAAUGUUUGUUCUGCUUAUUUUUCAGAUUUUAGUAAUGUGAUUAAAUAAUAAAAAAGUGAUUAACUGAAUUUUUCGUAUUUAGUAAUAGUCAUUAACAUGGUUUUUCAAAUGAGAAUGAGAAAGAAAGAGAUAGAGGGGAAGGAGAGAGAAAGAAGUCUGGUAAAACAUAGGGAAGCAUUGUAAAGCACAGAGAGGUGUGGUAAAGCAUAGGGAAGCAUUGUAAAGCACAUAGAGGUCUGGUAAAACAUAGGGAAGCAUUGUAAAGCACAGAGGGGUCUGGUAAAGCAUAGGGAAGCAUUGUAAAACACAUAGGUCUGGUAAAGCAUAGGGAAGCAUUGUAAAGCACAGAGAGGGGUGGUAAAGCUUAGGGAAGCAUUGUAAAGCACAGAGAGGGGUGGUAAAGCUUAGGGAAGCAUUGUAAAGCACAGAGAGGUCUGGUAAAGCAUAGGGAAGCAUUGUAAAGCACAGAGAGGUCUGGUAAAGCAUAGGGAAGCAUUGUAAAGCACAGAGAGGUCUGGUAAAGCAUAGGGAAGCAUUGUAAAGCACAGAGGUCUGGUAAAGCAUAGGGAAGCAUUGUAAAGCACAGAGAGGGGUGGUAAAGCUUAGGGAAGCAUUGUAAAGCACAGAGAGGUCUGGUAAAGCAUAGGGAAGCAUUGUAAAGCACAGAGAGGUCUGGUAAAGCAUAGGGAAGCAUUGUAAAGCACAGAGAGGUCUGGUAAAGCAUAGGGAAGCAUUGUAAAGCACAGAGAGGUCUGCACUCUAACUUUGGGCUUGAGACUCAGCUCAGUGAUUUGGAUUCCUGAACAGCUUCUUAGUAAAGGUAUUAUUCAGCAUGCCGUCGCACCAUGAACUAAUAAGAAAAGACUUUCAGUACCUGGCAGGCUCUUGUGACAUAUCAGGAGGGUCAUUCUCUUUACUCCUUCUUCUUCUCCUUGGAGUCUGGUCCAUGCCUCUCUCUACUGAAUCACUCGUUCCUCAGUUAGCUGUGUUUCUCCUCUGCAACACAAUUGAAACAAGUCUGUUGUUAAAGAGUACAGCGCUUCAAAUGUCAUUUUUCUUUCUCUUUCUUUAGACCGGCCCCUUAUCUUUUCAUGCUGUUUGAAAUCAUCCCGAGCGCUUAUUGUUAUCACAGUUACUCAAAUGCUGGGUUCGUUUUUGGAAACGUCUGUGUUGCUAAUUGAGUGCCAUGGGAGCAUUGUAUUUUAAACAGUUUUGUAUCAAUUAAAAUUAUGUUUUAUUUUGAAUUAUUCAUUUUGAAGUUUAAAUAUACAGGUUAAUACUAACAGUUACAACAGCACUUAAUAGGAAAAAAAUCUAUGAUCUUUUUGUAUGUUUUGUCCAGUUGUUCUUGGAUUUUGGUGUCUGACUAAAUUUUUAUUAGAGCUUGAGUUUCUCGCACUGUUCAUGUCGUUAGGGUUACCCGAUUUGCCCUGAAAAACUAAAUAAAAUGUU